AUAACCAAGUUAUGAUUUAACCUAAAAAUAUUGUAAAUUUAGUUUAGAUUAAAAUUUAUAAUUUUAACUAGAAAUAAUACAUUGAGGAAAACAAAACGGUAAAAACAUGGUAAGAAAACUUAAAUAUCACGAACAAAAACUUUUAAAGAAAGUGGAUUUUAUAUCCUGGGAGGUUGACAAUAAUUUACAUGAAGUCAAGGUUCUGAAAAGAUACUAUAUACAAAAAAGAGAAGACUAUGCAAAGUAUAAUAAACUAUCUAGAAAUAUAAGAGAAGUAGCGAGAAAAAUUAAGGAAAUUGAAUCAAACCACCCUUUUAGGACAGAAUGUAGCGCGCAGCUCUUAGAAAAAUUAUAUCUCAUGGGACUUAUUCCAACAAGAUGGGAUCUUAGUUUAGCUGAAAAAGUAACUGCAUCUUGCUUCUGUAGACGAAGAUUGGCAGUUCUUAUGGUGAGAAAUAAAAUGUCUGAAAGCAUAAAAGGGGCUACGAAAUUGAUAGAACAAGGUCAUGUAAGGGUAGGACCUGAGAUGAUAAAGGACCCCGCAUUUUUAGUUACAAGAACCCUCGAAGAUUUUGUAACCUGGGUCGAUAGUUCUAAAAUAAAACGGCACAUAUUGGAGUAUAAUGGAAUAAGAGAUGAUUAUGAAAUGUAAUCAGGUCAGAGAUGGAAAUAGCACUUACUUUUUAUUAUUUAAUUGUAUAAUAAAUUUUAUUUUGAAUUUUUG